AUGGCAGUGUUCAGUUUAUCGUCCGACAACUACUUCAUCAUGGCAUCCUACACGAAAGACGAUCCGGACUGCUACGUGUUCCAGUAUUUCUACGACCCAAACGAUUUCGAAAUCACUCGACGAGAGGGUCGCAGUAACGACUGGAGCACUGUAGUCAGAGUCGGGCCCUCGAAGCAAGCAGAGUUCGGCGCCCUCGAGGUGUUUGGCGUCACGAUCAAAGGAAACCAUUGGAACGACCUGGCGAAGGACUUGAAGGUCGAGGGAGUCGACGGCCAAGUCUUUCGCCUGUACGGCGUGAGAGUGCCCGAAUUCACCAGCGCAGACGUGUGCAACAAGUGCGACCUCUUCACCGGCGCGACUCUGGUGGACGUUCGAGGCAUCAUGCUCGCGGCGGAGGAGGCGAAGGAGGUGGAGAACGGGAGGAUGGAGGUGGCUAUGUGUAAGAAAGAGCUGGAGUGCACGAAAGAGUUGGUGAGGAAGAGUGGAGAGGCUGAGUCUCUGUUGAAUAAGUUGGUGGAAGAGAAAGAGAAGGAGGUGGAGAGAGUGAAGGUGGAAUCGGCGGUGCGUGAGAAGGAAUUGGAGCUCACCAAGGAAGCGGUGAAGAAAGGAAAAGAGACUGAGUUGUUGCUGAACAAUCUGCUUGCUGCGGAAAGGCAGCAAGUGGCCGCGCUUAAGGCCACCCUUGCCGCCUUCAUUGAUGGUUACGAGUAGUAGUAAUCGUCUCUCUCAUCGAUCUACAUUGUGCUUCCAUCGCUACAAUUGUAGUGUAAUUCUUUUAUUUUAAAUUUAUAUCAUGUUGUCAAUAAAUGUAGUUUUGUGUUUGUGC